CGAUAACGGCCCACCACUAAUAAAAAGUCACAUUUUAUCUUAAAAGUUAUAUUCAAAUGUUCAAUACUUUGUUGAUAAACUCAGUAGCUGUUAAUGCCAUACUUUUCUGAAUUUCACGUUACUCUUUGACUGUUUUCUCUUGUUUUUAAUACAUAUUUACCAUUUGAUUUGUAGGUAUAAUGCCUAGUUCGAUUUGGGGUCAUUUUAGCCUAGCAAUGCAGUAAUUUUAAACCAUAAAAAAUCAACCCAGCAUGCUGGGUUAAGCAUAAUAACCCAACUUGUUGGGUUAAAAUAACCUAGUGCUGGGUUCGUCCCCUUUUGACCCAGCACUGGGUUGCCAAAAUAACCCAAUUACAUUUCUCUGUAACACAGGAGUUUUGGCUGAUUAUAACCUGCAGAAUUUGAUGCGUUCGUAGACAAAAUUUGCACAUCUCCUCCCACUUCCUCCCUGUCUUCCCUUGUUGCCAAAGAGCACACUUUAGAAUGACUGGACAAAAAAUGCAGUGAGAAUAACCUGUUUAUCAUGAAAGAAAGGCAGCUGCAAGUGAUGUCAGUGAAGUCGCUUGUAUAUUAAUUUGUGCACUGAUGAUACAGUCACUAUUUGACACUCAAACAUAGCUGAACAUAUUGACAAAGGAUCUUGUAAUGCUGUUUAUCCUGAGAUCGAGAGUUUUGGCUGAUUAUUGCAAAAACGCUUUCUGACACUGUGUCCAGAAUGAUCUCCAAUCCAACUCUUUCCCCUCAAUCCAACUCCAAUACCUCAAUGUCCUAUGAGAAAACAACAGUAGACAUUGUCUUCUAUUCAAUCAUAGUUCUCUUUGGCACCACUGGGAACUCUUUGGUCAUCUGGGUAGCUGGAUUCCGAAUGAAACCCACCGUCACAAAUGUUUGGCUGGUCAAUCUCGCUGUAGCAGACCUGAUCUUCUCCCUGACACGAGUCACUUCUCUCAUCUCAAGUCUGUUCUUUGACCACUGGCCUUUUGGGGUUUUUCUCUGCAAGUUUAACGGUUUCUUCAAGUAUGCCAACAUGUUCUGCAGUGUUUUUCUUCUGGCUGUCAUCAGUGUGGAUCGAGCGCUCUGUAUCUGGCAUCCAGUGUUCACCAGAAAACGCCGGACGUUAUGUGCUGCUCGUGUGGUCAGUGUGGGAGUUUGGAUUGUGGCAGUGAUGUUAAGCUCACCGUACUUUUUGUACCGACAGGUCUUCCUUGAAAAGAACAACUUGAGCCACUGCUCAUUCAAGGAGAAAGGAGAAGAAGGAGAUGGCAGUUCAGCAAACUGCUGUUGGGAUACGCAGAACACGGCUCUCUGGAAAAUCAAGGCCUCUUCGGAUUCUUGUCGUUUUGGUCUGUGCCUUUUUCUUAUGCUGGGCUCCCCUAUCACGUUCUAG